CUACCGCAGCCCUGGUCUGGGCAGCCAACACGUGAAACGCGCAAUGGACAACAAAAUAUUAUGCAAGCAGCGAACAUUUUUGUGUGAAAAUUAAACAAAUUUCGUGAUCAAACGUUGCAGUUACAUAUCAAACAUGUAUCGUCUGCUGGGCGCAAAUGGCGCUGCAGCCAUGCAUCGAGUACUGCGCCUGCCAGCCGCAACAAGCGGCUGCAGCUGCUGCUGCAAGGGAGGCAGCGAAAGCAGCGCUGCGCAUAAUUUAAUACAAUAUCAGCAAUAUUAUCAAAUGCUCUAUCGCCCGGCAACAUUAACAACAGUUACAGUACGCCCACAAUCAACAACGCCCACCCAAACAGAUGCCCUGGCGCUGGCGAAAAAAAAACGUUUGCGAAAACCGCGCUACGCCAAAUAUGUGGAUCUGCUAGAAGUCACCGAACUCACAGCCAGUGAGCGUAAGUCCCGCGUAAAGCGUCUGAAAUCGAAAAAACUCGCCGAAUUCAUACAGAAAACCCAAAUGCAAAUCUUGGAUAAACGCGCACGUGAAGAGCGACGCGUUCAGAAGAACGCUAAAGCGGGCAACGAUGAAGCCAUAUUACGACAACCGGCGGAGUAUCAAAAGAUCGAGCUGGAUGCCGUUGCUAGCUCCCUACUAGAAGCCGGCCUGUACGAUGAUAAGCCACUGAUUUUCUUUGGUAAAGAUACAUACACCAAACAGAUCAUAUCCAAUCCGACGGAGGUGCACAAGAUUAUCAAAAGUUUUGAGAACUAUCGCGACAUCAUUGAGGGCAUGGGGAACGAGGGACACGAGCAUAUCGAGGCGGACCUAGCCAGCUUUGGGUUAAAUGCGCCCAAGCUGUCAACUGCAUCGCAGCUCCUAGAUCCUUUUGAGACAAUUGAACCUUAUAUUGAGGAAUCCCAUAAACCAGUUGCUCCUGCAGAAAGCCAGCCUAAGGUUAACGCCGUCACAACGAAGUCCAAGAAACGCUUCAAGUCAAAGGUGCACAUCUCAGAGGAACAGGAGCGUCAGGCCAAGCAACGUGCGCUGGUCAUUAACUUAACUACGUAUCUGAAUGUUUGCGUCUCGGCCAAUAUGCUGAACCGUGCUCUCUCCACAAUCUUCGCUUAUCGUAGUCGCGCCAAGAAGAGUUACCAGAGCACACCUGGCAUGAACCUAAUUACCAUUGAUCUAUACAAUAUUUUGUUGCAUGGUUAUGCCGGCAAAGGCUCCUUUGAUCGUUGCCAGGAGCUAUGCAAGCUGAUUAAUGAUGAUGGUCUGGCGUUUAGCGAGCAAACCUAUGCGGCAAUUUUUGAGUGCCUGGGUAGAGUGGAGCCAAAUGCUCAAAAUCAAGAGUUUAUUGAGCAGUACAUAGCAAAGGCGGAGCAGCAGGGGUUCAGCUUAAACCAGAUAAUGGAUCGCUCCAAAUUUAUAUCUGAUCAGCGUGACAUAGCGUUGGAUGCUAUCAGGAGAGUCCGUCCGAACUUUACUCCUGUUUAUGUGCCGCCCCAGCUGGGUUACGAUAACGAGCUGCUUAAUGAUCUCAAUGCUCAGGUGCAGCCCGUGGGUGCGGAGACAGCACAAGAGGAAUCCAUCAUCAUGCGGUCAAAGCGUGGCUAUACUAAAACUCAACUGGAGCAGCUAGCACGUGAACAACUGCAGGUGGAGUUGGACGGUUGCAUAACCAUCAAAUCAAUUGAAAAGACUAAGGAAUUUGCUAAUGCUGAAUAUUGUCGCACUAAGCUAAGUGAGCUCGAGCAGACCUGGCGUAAACAAAUCUCUGCUGCGAUUGUUCGUGAUCUGAACACGUUGCGUGCUCAGGUGCGCUUCAAGCCGCACGGCUAUAUGAACUACUAUACGUACCUAAAGGUCCUUGACACACAUCACUACGCGGACAUACUCAUCAAGGAGCUGUACAAACUAGCCGAGGGCUCUGAAACCUUUAGCCCAACAGUGGGUCAACUGUUUAAGGAGCUCGGCCAGAAGGUGCAGCAAUGCUAUCAAAUCGAAUUGAAGAAACACAAUGGAACCCUCGAAAAGAUUGGAGAGAUUUACAGCGAUUAUUGCGAUUUAUGGGCUAACGGACAUACGGAGGAUAAUACGCGACAGAUGUGGCAGCGAUUAGUGCACGAGCAGCGACACAGCGGACCAUCAAUGGAUUUGCCCGAUGUGCCCUGGCCUAACAAUGUACUCUCCGGUGUGGGUCGUUUCCUCUACAAUAUACUGAUGCGCGACAUUAAAAUCGAUGCGCAUAUCAUGCGUCAGAGGAGCAACAAAUCCAAGGCAACCGGGACGACGUUGCCACAGAAUAUGCUGCCCGCCUUCUAUACGCUGUUCCGUAACCAGGGUCGGCUCGUCAAGGAGGAGGUAAAGCCGCAUCCAGUACUGUCACGUCUUCUGCGCGCCUCUCGUCAACAGACGCUCACCUUCGACUCGAAUUUGGUGCCAAUGUUGUGUCCGCCUCAGCCCUGGAGUACUCCUCAUAAUGGUGGCUACUUGCUGAACAAAUCGGAGUUGAUACGAUUGCCCCAUCAGGCUGUGCAACAGUGGGAGCGCAUACAUGCCUCCAAUCCGCAGUAUCUCUAUCCGGCCCUCGAUUCGCUUAAUCAGCUGGCUAGCGUGCCGUGGCGUGUCAAUACACAGAUUCUCGAUGUGAUCAUUAAGGUGUUUCAGAAUGGCGGCGAUGCCAAGCUGGAUGUGCCGCAGCCACCAAGCUCAUUGCCUCCGCUGCCCACAUUGCCAGUGGGCGAAGAUGGCAGUGGUGUCACCCCGGCGGACCGUGCUAAACAAUUCCGCGAUAAACUAGGUCAUCGACGUAAACAAGCCGAAAUGUACAGCUUGUGGUGUGAUGCUCUCUACCGCUUGUCGCUGGCACAGCAUUACCGAGACAAGGUAUUCUGGUUGCCGCACAACAUGGACUUUCGCGGGCGUGUUUAUCCCGUACCGCCACAUCUGAAUCAUUUAGGCUCGGAUCUGGCACGUUCGAUGCUCAUCUUUGAUCAAGCCCAGCCGAUGGGCGUGGAUGGUUUUAGCUGGCUAAAGCUGCACUGCAUCAAUUUGACGGGCCUCAAGAAGCGUGAUUCCGUGCGCGAGCGUCUGCUUUAUGCUGAGGAGAUAAUGCCUGACAUUUUGGACUCGGCCGAUAAUCCACUCACGGGUCGCAUGUGGUGGUCCAAGUCGGAUGAGCCAUGGCAGACCCUCGCUUGUUGCAUGGAAAUCGCCAAUGUAUACCGUUCACCUGAUCCUGCAGCGUACAUGAGUCGCUUCCCCAUUCAUCAGGACGGGUCCUGCAAUGGGCUGCAGCAUUACGCAGCGCUGGGUCGUGAUCAGGCGGGUGCAUGCAGUGUUAACUUGGCCCCAUCGCCAAUACCACAGGAUGUGUACAGUUCUGUGGCAGCUCUCGUCGAGCGCACAAGGAAAGCAGAUGCUGAAAACGGAUUGCAUGUUGCACAGGCGCUGGAAGGAUUCGUGCGGCGCAAGGUCAUCAAGCAAACGGUGAUGACGACCGUGUACGGCGUAACACGCUACGGUGCACGACUGCAGAUAGCCCGCCAGCUGAAAGAUAUUGAUGACUUUCCCAAAGAUUGGGUGUGGCCCGCCUCCACUUAUCUGACCACAAAGACCUUUGAGAGUCUGCGCGAAAUGUUCACCUCAACGCGUGAGAUUCAAGACUGGUUCACGGAAUGCGCGCGCCUCAUAGCGGGUGUCUGUAGUCAGAAUGUCGAGUGGGUAACACCACUGGGUCUGCCCGUCGUACAGCCUUACAAUCGUCAGGAGAUGAAGCAUCCACAAAGCAAAGGUUUGCGCGUGAAUGCCAGCAUGUCGAUGGAUAUGUACGAACGACCCAAUAUUCUAAAGCAAAAGAACGCCUUUCCGCCCAACUUUAUUCAUUCGCUGGACUCGUCGCACAUGAUGCUCACGUCGCUGCAUUGUGAGCGAAAGGGUAUUACCUUUGUCUCCGUGCAUGAUUGCUUUUGGACACAUGCGUGCACCGUGCCGGAGAUGAAUCGCAUCUGUCGUGAGCAAUUUGUGGCUCUUCACUCGCAGCCAAUUCUCGAGCAGCUGUCGGAGUUUAUGAAGAAAACCUACAGCUUCAGCAAUGCUGACUUGACAAACGAUGGCUCUGUGGAGGAUUUAUCUAAGCGACAAUUGAAUCGUAUUCUUCGUCAGCUGCCCCAGAAGGGUGACUUCGAUCUGCGCAAUGUUUUGGACUCGGUCUAUUUCUUCAGCUAGUUCGAAUAACUAUAACAAUGGUGCCUAACUACUAUUAAUUUAGUCAUUUACUUUAAGUCCCGAGUUUUGUUAAAUUUGUGCAACAAUUCGAAAGCUUUUAAAACCAAAAGAGAAAAA